CGAGCUAUGGCCACACUGUCAUCCACACGUGAAGAAUGAACAACAAAUUGGACGAGGUCGUGUGUAUUAUGCAAGCAAAAGCUGUGUGAAACCUGCCGAUAAACGACAUAAUCUGAUGCAAUUUGCGAGGACAGCGUGCCGCUAGCUGCAGUUUCCCGAAAUGUAUCGUCUGUUGAGUGCAAAUCGAGCGGCGGCGGUGCAAAAGGCACUGCGAGUGCCUCCCACCGCCCACACAACAACAACAGUGUGCUGCGGAUGCGGCGGUAACUCUGGAUUUGCGCCUCCAAAUUACGGCCACUAUCAGCAGUAUUAUCAGAUGUUAUACCGCCAAAUGCCGGCAGUGACACUUGAAGCGGCAACAGCAACAUCGGCGACGGCGGCACGCACACAAACAACGAUACCCACACAGACAGAUGCAGUGGCCCAAACCAAAAAGAAGCGGUUGCGCAAGCCGCGCUAUGCCAAAUACGUAGAACUUCUGGAGGUCACAGAGCAGGCCAUCAGCGAGCGCAGGUCGCGGGUGAAGCGGCUCAAGUCCAAGAAGCUAGCCGACUUCAUACAGAAAGCCCAGCUACAGAUCCUGGAGAAGCGUGCGCGGGAGGACAUGAAGGAUAAUAAGAAGAGCAGGACCGGCGCAUUAGAGUUAUCACAGCGGCAACCUGUAGAGUACCAAAAAAUCGACAUGGAGGCAUUGGAUGCCUCCCUUCUUGAGUCCGGCCUCUACGACGACCGGCCGAUGCUAUUCUUUGGUAAGGAUGAGUACACCAAGCAGGUGAUAGCUAAUCCCGAGGAAGUGCAGAACAUUCUUAAGAGUUUCAACAACUUUCGGGACAUUAUCGAGAGCAUUGAGAACGAACGUCACGAAGCGGAUUUUGGCCUAAGUUCCAAGGUGCCAUCUGAAGAUCCCGAGACCUCUGUCGAUCCCUUUGAGGCCAUGGAACCCUACAUUAAUCCUAUGGAGAGAAGCAGUCCAUCCUCUGUAACGUCAGUGGUCAUCCCAACAGCCAGUGCGGUUACGGCGAAGUCAAAAAAACGUUUUAAGUCAAAGAUUCAUGUAAACGAAGAGCAGGAGCGUAUGGCCAAGCAAAGGGCGCUGCACUUGAACCUGAGCACAUAUCUGAGUGUUUGUGUGUCGGCCAAUAUGCUGAGUCGUGCCUUAUCCACCAUCAUUGCGUAUCGCGGAAGAGUGAGGAAGAGUUCGCUGCCCCAUCUGUCCCCAGGCCUUAUCACCGUCGAUCUGUACAAUAUCUUGCUACAUGGUUAUGCGGCCAAGGGCGCAUUUGAAAGGUCGCAGGAGCUGUUUACCCUCAUCGAAGAGGAUGGUCUAGCGUUGAAUGAACAAAGUUAUGCCGCUAUAUUCGAGUGCCUGGGCCGCCUGGAGUCAGACGAAGAGAAUCAACAAACUAUAGCCAAAUACAUAGCACAAGCGGAGGAGGAAGGAUUCACCCUGAACCAAAUUAUGGAUCGUUCAAAGUUCGUAUCGGAUCAGCGAGAUAUAGCCCUGGACGCCAUUCGGCGAAUUCGUCCGGACUUCACGCCCGUCUAUGUGCCACCCCAGCUGGGCUAUGACAACGAGCUGCUGAAUCAUCUCAAUGAGCACACUCUACCAGUGGGAGUAUCAGCAGAAGCGGGGGACUCUGACUAUGCGAUAAUGAACUCAAAGCUGGGCUACAGCAAAGCUCAAUUGGAGCAGCUCGCCCGGGAACAGCUCAAGGUUGAACUGGACGGAUGCAUCACCAUCAAGUCUAUUGAGAAAACCAAGGAGUUUGCCAAUGCCGAACGAUGCCGAGAACGCCUGAAAGAGCUAGAGGAAACUUGGCGAAAGCAAAUCUCCGCGGCAAUUGUCCGGGAUCUCAAUACCAUGCGGGCUCAGGUCCGCUUUAAACCGCAUGGCUUCAUGACCUACUAUACAUACCUGAAGACUCUGGACACCUCGCACUUUUCCGACAUUCUUAUCAAGGAGCUCUACAAGCUGGCCGAGGGCUCGGAGACAUUUAGUCCGACGGUCGGACAGCUGUAUAAGGAACUUGGCCAGAAGGUGCAACGACGCUUCCAGAUUGAGCAAAAGAAGCACAACGGCACGCUAGAGAAGGUGGGAGAAAUCUAUAGCUCGUACUGUGAUCUGUGGGAUAGCGGCCGGACGCAGGACAACACGCGGCAGGCGUGGCAGCGCCUCGUGCACGAACAGCGCAAUAGUGGUCCAAGCAUGGACCUGCCAGAGGUGCCAUGGCCUUCCAAUGUCCUCACUGGCGUGGGACGCUUCCUGUACAAUAUAUUGAUGAGAGACAUCAAGAUCGAUGCCCAUGUGAUGAGGAAGCAGAAGAGCAAGUCCAAGACGACUGGCCAGCCCCAGAAUCUGUUACCCGCUUUCUAUACUCUGUUCCGUAACCAGGGACGUUUGGUUAAGGAGGAGGUCAAGCCACAUCCUGUUUUGGCGAGAUUGCUCCGAGCUUCGCGCCAGCAGACGCUUACAUUUGAAUCGAAUCUGGUGCCAAUGCUGUGUCCCCCGCAACCCUGGAGUACUCCACACAACGGUGGUUACCUGCUAAACAAAUCGGAGCUUAUUCGUCUGCCCCACCAGGCCAUCCAGCAGUGGGAGCGCAUUGGAGCGUCUAAUCCACAGCAUCUGUAUCCUGCCCUGGACUCCCUGAAUCAGCUGGCCAGCGUUCCUUGGCGGGUAAACACUCAGCUUUUGGAUGUGAUUGUUGAGGUAUUCCAGAAUGGUGGCGACGCCAAACUGGAUGUCCCCCAGCCACCCAGUUCUCUGCCUCAGCUGCCCACGCUGCCGGCCAAGGACGCCGACGGAAAUGCUGCCUCCAAUGCGGAUCGUGCGAAACAGUUCCGAGAUAAGAUGGGUCACCGCAGGAAGCAAGCCGAGAUGUACAGCUUGUGGUGCGAUGCUCUCUAUAGGCUGUCGCUGGCUCAGCACUACCGCGACAAAGUCUUUUGGUUGCCGCACAACAUGGACUUUCGCGGACGCGUCUAUCCCGUGCCUCCGCAUCUUAAUCAUCUUGGCUCGGACUUGGCCCGCUCUAUGCUUAUCUUUGAUCAAGCCCAGCCCCUGGGAGUGGACGGUUUCAGCUGGCUGAAGCUGCAUUGCAUCAAUUUAACGGGUCUAAAGAAAAGGGACUCAGUACGGGAGCGUCUUCUCUACGCGGAGGAGAUCAUGCCGGAGAUAUUGGACUCGGCAGACAAUCCCCUCACCGGACGCCAAUGGUGGGCCAAAUCGGACGAGCCGUGGCAAACUCUGGCCUGCUGCAUGGAAAUCGCCAAGGUGCAUCGUUGCCCGGAUCCCGCCGCCUACCUCAGCCGCUUUCCCAUCCACCAGGAUGGUUCCUGUAACGGGUUGCAGCACUAUGCGGCCUUGGGAAGGGAUAAGGCGGGAGCUUGUAGUGUUAACCUGGCGCCUUCCGCUAUCCCGCAGGAUGUGUACAGUGCCGUGGCUACUCUAGUGGAGCGAAGCAGGAAAGCCGAUGCUCAGAACGGCCUGCAUGUGGCGGAAGCUCUAGCCGGAUUUGUGCGGCGUAAAGUGAUCAAGCAGACCGUGAUGACGACGGUGUAUGGUGUUACCCGCUAUGGAGCAAGACUGCAGAUCGCACGCCAGCUGAAGGACAUUGACGACUUCCCCAAGGACUGGGUGUGGCCGGCCUCCACAUACCUUACGACUAAAACUUUCGAGAGUCUACGAGAAAUGUUUACGUCUACGAGAGAGAUUCAAGAUUGGUUUACGGAGUGCGCUCGCCUCAUUGCUGGCGUUUGUAGCCAGAACGUGGAGUGGGUGACGCCCUUGGGCUUGCCGGUGGUGCAGCCGUACAAUCGCCAGGAGGCAAAGCAUACCGCUCGCACGGGUCUGAAGGUCACCGCUAACCUGCCCAUGGAUAUGUUCGAGAGACCAAACAUUCUUAAACAAAAGAACGCCUUUCCACCCAACUUUAUCCACUCGCUGGACUCCUCGCACAUGAUGCUCACCUCGCUGCACUGUGAGCGGAAGGGCAUAACCUUCGUCUCGGUGCACGACUGCUUCUGGACGCACGCGAACACGGUGCCGGAGCUGAAUCGGAUGUGCCGAGAGCAGUUUGUGGCCCUGCACUCGCAACCCAUCCUGGAGCAGCUCUCGGAGUUCAUGAAGCGCACCUACAGCUUCCACGACUCCGACUUCACCAACGAUGGCUCCGUGGAGGAUCUGUCCAAGCGCCAGCUGAACCGUACUCUGAAGCAAUUGCCUCAGAAAGGAGACUUCGACCUGCGCAACGUACUCGACUCUGUGUACUUUUUCAGUUAAGAAUGCCGCCAGAUACUAUUGAUUCAAAUCGGACAGUGCCUAACUUAAUCAUAGUCAUUAGAUUUAUUUAAUAUAGACCCACCUGUUGAGUUUUUGUUUUAACAAUUCGGCUCUUAUUACAAAAAAAAAAAGGAAAAUGAAUACAAAAACUAUAAAAGCGGAUUGAUUGGCGGCGAAUGAUUACACGAACUUGAUUAUUAAAAAACUUUCGAAAAUA